CUAGGCAAUCGCUUUAUCAAUUCCCACUCCACAACCAAAUUUUUUCCUUUUCGCUGCUGCCCAGGACCCUUUCUUCGGCAACCUCUGUCCUCAGCUACCCGACGGUCUCCUCUACCAUUCUCCUUUUCCGCUUCGCUCUCCCUUUUCUUUUUGAUACCCCUUUCUUUCAGAGAGACCAGGCCGCGAGCAUGGAUAAACAGAGGUUGGCCGCGCUCCUGCAGGAGACCCAAGUCCCCGAUACCCAGAAAAUAAAGGCAGUGACCGCCGACCUGCAAAAGAACUACUACACUCACCCCGAGUCCCUCCUUCUCCUCAUUGAGAUUGUCGCAACUCAUGGGGACGUCAAUGUGAGGCAGCAGGCUGCCGUGCAGGCCGCCCGACUGGCCAUCAAGCACUGGGAAAAGAUUCCCAAGGAGCAAAAGCCCGCCGUGCGCCAGCACCUCGUGGAGGCCACCAUGAACGAGCAGACCCCCCGCGCUCGCCAUGCCAAUGCGCGUCUUGUCGCCGCCAUCGCGUCCCUCGACCUCGAGGACGGCGAGUGGCCCGACCUCCUUCCUGCCCUCUUCCAGCUGAUCAGCAGCAACGACGUGAGCCAGCGUGAGGUUGGCUCCUACAUCAUCUUCAGCUUGCUGGAGGAGAACCCGACAACGUUUGCCGAUGACAUGGCCAAGCUCCUGGCGCUUUUCGGCCACACGCUCCGGGACCCACAGAGCGCCGACGUCCGCAUAAACUCCAUGAUGUCGAUCGGUGCCAUGCUGCUGCUGUUCGAGCCCCUCGAGGAUGAGGAGUCCGUCGAGACUCUUCAGACCUUGAUCCCGGCUAUGGUCGACGUCCUCAAGGACGUUGUCCAGGCUGGCGACGAGGAGAAGACCAAGCAGGCGUUCGAGGUCUUCCAGCAGUUCCUGGCUUACGAGUCCGCCCUGCUCGGCAAAUACCUCAGAGAUCUCGUCCAAUUCAUGAUUGACCUGGCGGCGAACAAGCAGGCGGAUGAAGACGUCCGGACGCAGGCGCUAGCCUUCCUCGCCCAAACGGUCCGCUACCGCCGGAUGAAGAUCCAGGGAAUGAAGGACAUGGGUCAGGAGCUCACACAAAAGAGCUUGCUCAUCCUCACAGAGAUUGACGACGAUGAGGAUGAGGAUGAAAUGGGCGCCGCAAGGACAGCGCUGGCCCUGCUCGACCAGUUGGCAAACGACCUUCCGCCUCGUCAGGUUAUCGUCCCUCUCCUCGAUGCCCUUCCCAAGUUCGCUGCCUCGAGCGAGCCGGGUUACCGGAAGGCAGGCAUCCUCGCGCUUGGCACUGUCGUGGAGGGUGCGCCGGACUUCAUCUCGUCGCAAAUCAAGUCCAUCAUGCCCGUCGUUAUACAGCUGCUCAACGACCCCGACAUCGGCGUCAGGCACACCGCUCUCAUCGGCCUUGCCCGUUUAGCCGACGAUAUUGCUGAGGAGCUCUCUGCGUACAACGAGCCGGUCAUGGCUGCUCUUGUCAAGAAUCUGCAGGCGGCCAUGCAGGCCACCCCGGACCAAAAGCUUGCCAAGAAAAACAACGACAUCAUUCGCUCUGUUUGCAAUGCUCUCGAUGCCAUGUCUGAGGGUCUCGAUUCCGAAUUCCUGAAGCAGUACGCUGCUGAGCUGGUCGGCAACAUCGGCGCCUUGGUGAACCAUAACGACUCCAAAAUCAAGAUCGCCGCGUCGGGCGCGCUUGGAGCUAUUGCCGAGUCCCUGGGCGAAGAGUUCAAGCCUUACUUCGAGCAGGUUGUGCAUGCGCUCGGGGCCUACCUUACGAUCAAGGAGUCAGAGGACGACCUCGCGCUGCGGAGCGGCGUCUGCGACUCGAUGGGCCGCAUCGCCGCUGCUGUUGGUGCUCAGACCUUCCAGCCCUACGUCGUGGACCUGAUGCGGUCCAGCGAGGAGGCUUUGCAUCUGGAUAACUCCAGGCUCAGGGAAAGCAGCUUCAUCUUGUGGAGCUCGCUCGCAAAGGUCUACGAGAAGGAGUUUGCCCCUUUCCUGCCCGGUGUCUUCAAGGGCCUCUUCCAAAGUCUGGAGCUUGAAGAAGAAGAGAUCAAGCUGCACCUCAGCGAGGAGGAGAAGGGCAUUGUCGGCACCGACGAUGAAAUCAUUACAGCUGGCAAGAAGCUGAAGAUCAAGAACGCUGAUGAGGAUGGCGACUGGAUGGACGAUGAUGAAGACGAUGAUUUCGAUGGCAUUGGUGCCACGCCCGAGGCUUUGGAGAAGGAAGUUGCCAUUGAAAUCCUGGGCGACGUCAUCACAUACGCUUGUGGCCCUCAAGAAAUUACAGAGUACCUUGAGAGAGCCGUCGAGAAGGUCUCCGCGCUCGCUGACCAUCCAUACGAGGGCUGCCGCAAGGCCGCCGUUGCCACCCUCUGGCGGUCGUAUGCGCGUGUCUGGCAGCUCAUGGAGCAGGAGACGGGCACAAGCUGGGAGCCCGGCCUUCCCCUCAAGAACCCCCCGACGGGCACCCUGGUCAAGCUUGGCGAGAUUGUGUCCAAAGCCACCCUCGCGCUGUGGCAGGAGGAGAACGAUCGAUCGGUCGUCACCGAGAUCAAUCGCAACGUUGCAGCCACCCUCAAGGCUUGCGGCCCGGCCAUUCUUGCUCAAGAGGAGUUCAUGAAGGAGGUAGUCACGGCCAUCACCACAAUAAUUACUCGUUCCCACCCUUGCCAGCAAGACCUUGGAGACGAUGACGAGGAGCAAGAAGUUGAAGGCUCGUCCGAGUACGACUGGCUCGUCAUUGACACGGCUCUCGACGUUGUUAUCGGCCUCGCCGUGGCCCUUGGUCCUGGCUUCGCCGAGCUCUGGAAGAUCUUUGAGAAGCCCAUCUUAAAGUUCGCGGCUGCCGAGUCAGAGAACAUUGAGCGCUCCACCGGCGUCGGUGUUAUUGCCGAAUGCGCUGCCAACAUGGAGGCGGCCGUAACGCCGUACACAGAAAAGCUGCUCAAGGUCCUCCUCAAGCGCUUGUCAGACCCGGAUCUCGAGACCAAGAGCAACGCCGCGUAUGCCACUGGCCAGCUCAUCUACCACUCGACCGACAGCAACGUCUACCUGCCCCACUAUACCAGCAUCCUCCAGAAGCUCGAGCCCAUGCUGCAGAUCCAGGAGGCGCGCAUCAAGGACAAUGCUGCCGGCUGCCUGUCCCGCAUGAUCAUGGCACACCCGGGUCAGGUGCCCAUCCCGGAUGUUCUUCCGGCGCUGAUUGGCCUGCUCCCGCUCAAGGAUGAUUAUGAGGAGAACUCGCCUGUGUACGAGUGUCUUCUCAAGCUUUAUGAGCAAGGCGAACCGACUAUCCAGCAGCUCACGCCCAAGCUUAUCCCCGUCCUUGAGGCGGUGCUCAGUCCGCCGGAGGAGCAGCUGGACGAGGACGCAAGGGAGAUUGUCCGCAAGAUUGUCUUCCUCUUGUAUAACGCCAAGCGGGAUCUCUUUGCGAGCCAUCCGAAUGUUCUGAAGCUGGCGGGUGUGGCUUGAGAUGGGCCCGGCUCGUGACUGGACUCAAGAUGGUGGUGUGGGGUGACCGAUGGGAUGAGAUGGGAUGUGGGAUGUAUAGGAGGGCUUUGAUGAUGACUGAACAUGCCAUGCCAUGAUGAGCUAUGAGUUCGGACCUAAUGACAUGUCCUUUACAAUCCAUGAUGACGAGGAGGGUUCGGUUCGGUUGGUAUAAAGGUCAUGAGGGGGGAGGUAAAAAGUUGUUCAGCUAUGUCAGGUAUAGAAGCUCCAUGUGUUCAUGGCGGUGAUGAGCGAUAAUGUCAAUGCUCAUGUCAGAUUCCAAUCUGCCGUU